AUGUCGAGGGCUGUGCUCAUGGUGUCAUUGUUAAUUUCAUCAGGACUAAUGGAAGUAGUGGCCCAGGACAAGGGACAGCCAUGGGAGAAAGCACCUGAGCACAGAAAGACCACUCGUAGAAUCAACAAGCACAAGCCAUGGAUCGAGACUUCGUAUCAUGGAGUCAUAACAGAGAAUAAUGACACAGUCAUUUUGGACCCACCACUGGUAGCCCUGGAUAAAGAUGCACCAAUUCCUUUUGCAGGGGAAAUCUGCGCAUUCAAGAUCCACGGCCAGGAGCUGCCCUUCGAGGCCGUGGUGCUCAACAAGACAUCGGGGGAGGGCCGGCUCCGAGCAAAGAGCCCCAUCGACUGUGAGCUGCAAAAGGAGUACACGUUCAUUAUCCAGGCCUACGACUGUGGUGCCGGGCCCCGGGAGACGGCCUGGAAGAAGUCACACAAGGCCGUGGUCCAUAUCCAAGUGAAGGAUGUCAAUGAGUUUGCUCCCACCUUCAAAGAGCCAGCCUACAAGGCUGUUGUAACAGAGAGCAAGAUCUAUGACAGCAUCCUGCAGGUGGAGGCUGUCGACGAGGACUGCUCCCCCCAGUACAGCCAGAUCUGCAACUACGAAAUCGUCACAACAGAUGUGCCUUUUGCCAUUGACAGAAAUGGUAACAUCAGGAACACUGAGAAGCUGAGCUAUGACAAGCAGCACCAGUAUGAGAUCCUGGUGACGGCCUACGACUGUGGACAGAAGCCUGCCGCUCAGGACACCCUGGUGCAAGUAGACGUGAAGCCAGUUUGCAAGCCCGGUUGGCAAGACUGGACCAAGAGGAUUGAGUAUCAGCCCGGCUCCGGGAGCAUGCCUUUGUUCCCCAGCAUCCACCUGGAGACGUGUGAUGGUGCUGUGUCCUCCCUCCAGAUCAUCGCAGAGCUGCAGACUAACUACAUCGGAAAGGGCUGUGACCGGGAGACCUACUCAGAGAAAUCCCUUCAGAAGUUAUGUGGAGCCUCCUCUGGCAUCAUUGACCUCUUGCCAUCCCCCAGUGCUUCCACCAACUGGACUGCAGGCCUGCUGGUAGACAGCAGCGAGAUGAUCUUCAGGUUUGACGGCAGGCAGGGUGCUAAGAUCCCGGAUGGGAUUGUGCCCAAGAACCUGACGGACCAGUUUACCAUCACCAUGUGGAUGAAACACGGGCCCAGCCCCGGCGUGAGAGCCGAGAAGGAAACCAUCCUCUGCAACUCAGACAAAACGGAAAUGAACCGGCACCACUAUGCCCUGUAUGUGCACAACUGCCGUCUCGUCUUCCUCUUGCGGAAGGACUUCGAUCAAGCUGACACCUUUCGCCCUGCAGAGUUCCACUGGAAGCUGGACCAGAUUUGUGACAAAGAAUGGCAUUACUAUGUCAUCAAUGUGGAGUUUCCUGUGGUUACCUUAUACAUGGAUGGAGCAACAUAUGAGCCUUACCUGGUGACCAACGAUUGGCCCAUUCAUCCAUCUCACAUAGCCAUGCAGCUUACGGUCGGUGCUUGUUGGCAAGGAGGAGAGGUCACCAAACCACGGUUUGCUCAAUUCUUCCAUGGCAGCCUAGCCAGUCUCACCAUCCGCCCAGGCAAAAUGGAAAGCCAGAAGGUGAUCUCCUGCUUGCAGGCCUGCAAGGAAGGGCUGGAUAUUAAUUCCUUGGAAAGCCUUGGCCAAGGAAUAAAGUAUCACUUCAACCCCUCGCAGUCCAUCCUGGUGAUGGAAAGUGAUGACAUCGGAAACAUUAACCGCGCCCUCCAGAGGGUCUCCUACAUCAACUCCAGGCAGUUUCCAACCGCGGGUGUGCGGCGCCUCAAAGUAUCCUCCAAAGUGCAGUGCUUUGGAGAAGAUGUGUGCAUCAGCAUCCCCGAGGUCGACGCCUAUGUGAUGGUCCUACAAGCCAUCGAGCCCCAGAUCACCCUUCGGGGCACAGACCACUUCUGGAGACCUGCUGCCCAGUUUGAAAGUGCCCAGGGAGUGGUCCUCUUCCCGGACAUCAAGAUCGUGAGCACCUUCGCCAAAGCUGAGGCCCCUGGAGACGUGAAAACCACAGCCCCCAAAUCAACAGUCUUAGAAGAAAUGCUUCACAACUUAGAUUUCUGUGACAUUUUGGUCCUCGGAGGGGACUUGGAUCCAAGACAGGAAUGCUUGGAGCUCAACCACAGUGAACUUCACCAACGACACCUGGAUGCCACAAAUUCUACCGCAGGCUACUCCAUCUACGGUGUGGGUUCCAUGAGCCGCUAUGAGCAGGUGCUGCAUCACAUCCGAUACCGCAACUGGCGCCCGGCCUCCCUGGAGGCCCGGCGGUUCCGGAUCAAGUGUUCGGAACUCAAUGGGCGCUACACUAGCAACGAGUUCAACUUGGAGAUCAGUGUCCUCCAUGAAGUCAGAGUCUCAGACAAGGAGCAUGUCAACCACCUUAUUGUGCAGCCUCCCUUCCUCCAGUCUGUCUAUCAUCCUGAGUCCCGGAGUAGCAUCCAGCGCAGUUCAGUGGUCCCAAGCAUCGCCACGGUGGUCAUCAUUAUCUCCGUGUGCAUGCUCGUGUUUGUUGUGGCCAUGGGCGUAUACCGGGUACGGAUUACCCAUCAGCACUUCAUCCAGGAGACUGAGACUGCCAAGGAGGCUGAAAUGGAUUGGGACGACUCGGCGCUGACUAUCACAGUCAACCCCAUGGAGAAACAUGAAGAACCAGGGCGUGGGGAAGAUGAGACUGAGGGAGAGGAGGAGGAGGAAGAAGCAGAAGAAGACAUGAGCUCCAGCAGCAGCGGCUCCGAUGACAGUGAAGAGGAGGAAGAGGAAGGGCCGGGCAGAGGCAGACAUGGGCAAAGUGGAGCCAGGCAAGCCCAGCUGGAGUGGGAUGACUCCACCCUCCCCUACUAGUGCCCGGAGGUCUGCUGCCCAACCCACGUGUCCCUUUUGUAAACCCCGACCUGAUGUAUGCCCAUGUCUGUCACCUUGCCUCUGAUUUCUGUGACAAGUCUGGGAAGGCCUUAUCCAGCUUCCUGGAGCUUACCCUUUAUGUCUCGGGCACUCCCUGCAUCCAAGUCAUGGGGUAGAUCCAAGAAGCCCAGCUUGGUCAUCAGUGGGGACUUCAGGGCAGAUUUUUUCCUGUACCCCCCACUUCUGUCCUGGGUUCCCCAGCAUCCUGUCCACCCAUCUGCAGAGAUUGUCUUUGCUCUUUUCUGAAGGGGAGAAGAUCUGCCUUUGUGUUACUCACUUCCCCAGGCUCAGUGUCCCCAAGGCCCUAGAGUUCCAACUCACUGUGUGUCUCUUCCACGCAGACCAGUAGGCCCUCCUUUUGCUGACUCCAGAUUGCUUUAUACAGGGAGGGCGAUUGAGCUUCACACACCUAAGGUCUUAGUGCUUAACACUUUAAAGAAAAUCCUUGUUGAGAAUGAAUCACAUUUAUAGGGAAAGGUUCUCUCUCUCUCUCUCUCUCUCUCUCUCUCUCUCUCUGUCUUUCUAUCUCUAAUCUCCCCAUCUUGGAGGGUCUUUCCUUUUCCUUCUUUCUGAGGCCACGUAAGCUUAUAUGAAAGUCAAAAACUAAGAAUAGGCCCUUGGCCACAAGCAGGGCCUGGUCCCCAGCUAAAGCUACCUGAGCCUGCCUUCCUGGGCAGCCCCUGAGACCCAUGUGGUUGCCCUGCCAGGGGAGCUCACCACACAGAUCCACAGGACCCAGCAAGCAUUCCACAGGCACUGCCCUGGCGACAGCCAUGGCAAGCCUACAGCCAGGGAGCAGGAGGAAGAACUGAUGAGAUGACACAUAGUCUUCAUGGUGGGCAGGGUGGGGGUAGCUGGGCUUUCCCAGGACAGAGAGACACUGAAGUUGGUGAGGUUCUCACCACUCAGCUUCAUGGUCCCUUGUCUCCUAUUUUAUACUAUUUUCCCUUUGGAAAAAAUACACCCUUCUUGGAUGUAUUGGAACAUGUAUGAACUCCACCGAGUGUAAAAUGAAAGUUUGCUCAUUUAAUUACUAGGAAUUAGAAGCAUAUUUGCAAUAAUAGCAGCUUCUUCUUCCUUCUUCUCAUAAAGGAAGAAUGCUUUGGGUAGAAGGCAAAUAUAUCCACAAACCUAAUUCAUUUUUUCCUUCCUUCCUUCCUUCCUUCCUUCCCUCCUUCCCUCCUUCCCUCCUUCCUUCCUUCCUUCCUUCCUUUCUUUUCUUUCCUAAUAAGGGAAUCCUUUCCAUUUCCAUCCUAACACGCACACUCCAUGAGAAGAAUUGUUUCUAUAGUAACUGGUCUGUGAUCUUUUGUGCCCAAGAGAAUAGCAAGCAAGAAUUAGGGCUAUGAUAGGACUUCCAUGAGGCUCUGAGAACCUGUUUGUUUGGAAUGUUUGGGUCCAUUUUGUCCUUGGUAUAUACAACCUGUCCCCAUCCUCCCACUCCUUCCCAGGCCCAACCCAUAUUGGUUUGGCCCAGGCACAGCUCUGGUCCCUAGUCAAAUGACAUUCAUGUUCAAAAGAAAGUUCAGAUUCUCUCCGUCUAUUUUUCGCAUCCUCAAAACAGAGAGCUUAAGAAGGAGACUGCCGCCUGUGUCCUCUAGUCUGACUUCUACCCAGUGAGGACCCAUGGCAGGCCUAUGCAACCUUCUGAAUCAGGAGAACUACCUUGUGCAGCUUCUUCUAUUUCCUAAAGUGGUUUUUGCAUCUAUUCCCUCCUUUGGACCUCACAAUAAUCCUGUGAAGGGCAUCUGUUGUUUGACCCAUUUUGUGUCAAGUAAACCGGGGUUCAGUGAUUCAGUGUCUUGCUCAGAAUCAGAGGUAAUAGACAUCCACUCCUGGUCUCAGAGUCUACUUAAGUUCAUAUUGAUGCACCUAACAGGCACUGCUGCAUACCUACUAUGUGCCAAGCAUUCUACCAAUAGCUGUGGGAAGGGGAUAAAUAUGAAUUAGAUAAGCUCCUCCCCACAGAUGGCUUGUUAGUUGCAGAGGGGAAAUAAGCGUCCAAGAAACAAUACAGGAGACAAAUGGAGAGGGAGUGAGAGGAAGAGUCACAGAAGAAGAGGGACACAUCCACACUCCCUCAAUCAGUGUGCCUCUUUUUCUCUUCUUAGGGAAAACACUGGAAGAAGCUGGGGUUUCAUACUCAUUGAAUGGAAAUAGACAUUUCUCCUGUGAAUUCUCCCAACCAAAUAGCCCUUUUCUACCAGGCUGUAUCUGCAUAUCCAAAAGGGAAAAUCUGUAGAAUUGACUAGUCUUCAGAAUACUGUUAUAUAAAUAAAGAGGGAGUCACCAUUUGGGCAUUUAGGAACUAUUGAAUUCUCCCAAAAUUAUGGCAGCAGAAAGAACCCUUUAUAUAUUUAAAGCCAAUUCUUUUUAAAAUUCAAUUUUGGCUAGGCUCCGUGGCUCAGCCUGUAAUCCUGCGCU